CAUCGACUGUAGCUGGAGAAACAACAUUCACACACAUCUCUCCAGUCCUAUGUAUUUUCCCUUUGUCCGUGAAACCGUGUUUGUGAUUGCUUCUCGCAGUGGAGUCGAGAGAGGGACUUGAGUGUGUGCGCAUUGCAUUCAGGGAUACGGGAUUCGGGACUUUUUCACUGUUUGGCAACGAUUGCCCGACUGGCAACCUGGCAGAGUCUAUCCUCAACUCAGAUUUGGCUAGUGCUAGUUGCUGCUAAAAAAUCCCAACUUCUGACAUUUUCGGAAUUUGGAUGUAGUGAAGCCAAAAAUCCGCGGAUUGACAGGUCCGCAGAACGCGAGUUUCGCCCCCCGCGAUCGAAUUGGACAGUCCUAAUUUGAAAAUCGUAAUUUACAAUCAGUGAUUCAACCUUCAACUUGUUUUAAACGAUUCGACUUGCUGUUUACGAGAAGACUUGUUUUUUGCCAGGUCGACUCGUUUACUAUAAUUCGCCUCGUUUUCUACUCGUAGAUGAUCGUGUCGCGAGCGAGAGAAAAUGAGUCUAGUCUCUGCUUUGGCUCUCGGAAGUGAGUGAACAAAGGGACGAUCGCAGUUAAUCAGGGAAUCAUUGUGCGUAGAAAAGUCGACUCUCCUGAUUCUGGGAAGCUAGCAGGUCGUUGAUUGUCGUGCAUUUGUUUGUUUCUUUUUUGGGUGCUGCGACUGCUCUUACGAGAGACGCACUUACUGUACCUAACCCCUGCUAACCCCAUAGAGAGACCGAGUUGAAGUUCGUGAGAGAGUGCUAUAGUGCGUUUGAAGUGAGAAGAAAGACAGUUGUAUUUUUUUGGAUUGGAGUUGUGUAGUGUCGUGCCUGUGAGGCCCUUCCAUGAGAAUCGGCUCAGCUGAUUCAUAGACUGCGCCGUCACGGGCUUUCAGCAGCUUUUCCGAUAAUCAACAAUAAAAAUGUCGUCUCCGAGUGCAGGCAAACGGCGUAUGGACACGGACGUUAUCAAACUAAUAGAAAGCAAGCACGAAGUGACAAUUUUAGGAGGACUCAACGAAUUUUCCGUCAAGUUUUACGGACCUCGAGGGACGCCAUACGAAGGUGGAAUAUGGAAAGUGCGGGUUCAUUUACCAGAACAUUACCCCUUCAAAUCUCCUUCGAUUGGUUUCAUGAACAAGGUGUACCACCCUAAUAUAGAUGAAGUAUCGGGCACAGUUUGCCUCGAUGUCAUAAACCAGGCGUGGACAGCCUUAUAUGAUCUCUCCAACAUCUUUGAGUCUUUCCUGCCUCAGCUGUUAACAUAUCCUAAUCCAAUUGACCCCUUAAACGGCGAUGCAGCUGCAAUGUAUCUUCAUAAACCUGAGGAGUACAAGAAAAAAGUCGCAGAUUACGUAAGGAAAUACGCGACGGAGGAGGCGCUUAGGGACCAGGAAAACGGCGGCACGGGGAAUGGAAUGUCCUCGGACAGCGAGUCCUCAAUGAGCGACUUCAGCGAGGACGAGGCGCAAGAUAUGGAGUUGAGACAACAACCUCAGGGGAGAGAGAUGACGAGCUCAAGGGGAAAAUCAGUUGAGAAAGAAAAACGCAAGCGUCAUCGAAGCUUCGACGGAGAUCCUCAGCCGACAAUCAAAUUCGCUCGCUCAUCUGAUUACGAGCAGACGAUGACGGAGGAGGCUCUGAAUAUCUGCAUCUCCUCGGCGUCGAGCUUGCAAAUUCGAGCACCUGGUGAACCACAUCGAGUAGAAACCUGGAACUAUCGCAGCGACGAAGUCCUGGGAGCACAACAGUACACAAGACUCUAGUUUGGCUCAAUAGACUCCGAAUUACUAGAGAUUUACAGUCCUCGAACGGAAUCUCAAGUCAGUGGGGCGGAAGCAGAAGUGGAAGCAACGCUCGACCUUUCAAGGGCUAAAUAUUCAAAUACUACCUAAUCAGUCUUUCGUUUGCGCUGCCUCAUUUUCAAAAACCCGCGGGGUUGCGUAUCUUUCACAAAUGUCCGCGAUUUCAAUCCUUUUCGAGUUCCUUUUUUUUAAAGAGUUUAUUUCGAGGGUACAUAACUUUUAAAAUUCGAUCUAAUACUAGCGCAGGUUCUCGAAUUAUUGGAUUAUUUUAGUGAACACUUUAGAAUUUAAGAAUUUUUUAUUUCAAUUUAAGAAUCAAUAACUUUAAAAAAAGGUAUGUCAAAAUUGA